AUGGCUCCACCUCAUAAGAACUAUAACUUCCGUCCGGAGAACGUGUUGAAGAGAGCCGAGGACUUGAUCGGCGUGGGCGAGCGCGAGGCCGCAUUGGAAACGUUGUACCAGUUGAUCACGUCCAAGAGAACUCGUUACUUACAAGUUGAAGACUUGGAGCCUAUUGCCUUGCUCCUUAUUGAGUUGGCUGUGGACUUGAGAAAGGGCAAAUUGGCCAAGGAUGCCUUACACCAGUACAAGAAGAAUGUGCAGAUGUCCGAUCAAGGCUUGGAGUCUGUUCAGGUGAUUGUUCGUCAUUUCAUUGACUUGUCCCUGAAGAAGUUGGAUGAGGCCAAGGCUGAGAUCAAAACAGAAGAGAAUGUUGAAGAUUUGGAAGGUCCUCAAACCCCAGAAUCCAUUUUGAUGUCAGCUGUUUCCAGUGCUGAUUCUGCUGAUCGUACUGAAAGAGAUGUGAUUACUCCCUGGUUGAGGUUCCUUUGGGAAGCCUUUAGAGUCAGUUUGGAUAUCUUGCGGAACAACUCCAAGUUGGAGGUGACUUACAGUGCCAUUACUCAACAAGCGUUUGUGUUUUGUCAGAAAUACGGUAGAAAGAAUGAGUUUAGAAGAUUAUGUGAAUUGUUAAGAGGUCACAUGCAAAGUGUCACCACCCAGGGUAAAACCACCAACCAAACCAAUUCUAUUGAUUUGACCAACUCUGAAACUGCCCAACGUUAUUUGGAACAACGGUUCCGUCAAUUGAACAUAGCUGUGGAGUUGGAAUUGUGGCAAGAAUCCUUUAGAUCCGUUGACGAUGUUCACUCUUUGAUCACCGUCUCCAAAAAGGUCCCUAGACCUCAAAUGAUGUCUAGUUACUAUCAAAACUUGGCCAGAAUCUUUGCUGUUUCUGAUAAUGCUCUUUUCCAUGCAGCUGCUUGGAUCAAGUUCUUCAAUUUGUACUCCCAAUCUCCUAAUGCUACUGACUCUGAAUUGAAACACUAUGCUUCAGUGUUGGUGUUGAGUACUUUGGCUAUUCCUCAAAAGUCUAUCCAAAGUAACGAGACUUUGGUUGACGAUAAAAUGGGUAAGAACACCAAAUUGACCACUUUAUUGAACUUGAAUGCUGUGCCCACCAGAGAUUCUUUGUUGCAAAUUAUUCUUUCUAAGAACAUUUUGGAAUUUGUUGAACCAGAAAUCAAACAUUUAUUCAACGUUUUGAAUGGUGGUAACUUCCAUCCUUUGACUAUCAAGAAAUUGGUAAUUGAACUCUUUAAGAAAAUUCAACAAGAUGAUGAAUACAAGCGUUAUAUUCCCACUUUAACUGAAGUCAUUUUGAUCAGAUUAUUCCAACAAGUGUCUCAAGUUUAUGAGAGUGUUAAAUUGGAAUUCUUGGUCAACUUGGGUGUUUUUGAAGGGACUGAAUUUGAAUUAUCACCAUUGGAAGUUGAAAGUUUGAUUGUCCAUGCUGCUAAAAAUGGUUAUUUGACUUUAUCAAUUGACCAUGAAAGCAGUGUUGUAAUCUUCAAGUCUUCACCAUUUGAAGAGUCUUUCAAUGAAGGUAAGGCCACCAGAUUACAGGUUUCCCCCGCUGAUUUGGUUAGAAGUCAAUUGUCACAAUUGGCCAAGACUUUGGGUCAAGCUUCUAAGGUUAUUCAUCCUGAAUAUGAAGAGCAAAUCCAACAACAGAAGCAAGCUGCUUUAAAGAAUGCUUUGGUUGAUAUGAAGGCCGAACAAGAAGCGUUUGCUCAAAGAUUCCAAAUCUUGGAAGAACGUAAGCAUGCCAUUGAACAAGCCAGAAAGGCUCGUGAACAAGAAGCUGCCCUUUUGAAACAAGCCAGAUUGGUUGAAGAACAAAAGGCUGAACAAGAAAGAUUAAUCCAAGAACAAGAGAAGAAGGAACAAGAAAGAUUGGAAAGAGAACGUAAGUUGAUUAGAGAAAAUGAAGCCAGAAAAAUUGUUGAAGAAAUCAAUGCUAAGGGUAUUAUUAAGGUUGAAAUAGACAAUUUAGAGGAAUUGGACACCGAGGAAUUGAAGCGUAUGCAAAUUGCUCAGUUGAACAAGGAUAAACAAGAAUUGGAUGAGAAGAUGAAGGCUGUUGCUAAGAGAACGGACCACUUGGAAAGAGCAUUCAGACGUUAUGAAUUGCAAUACUUUUCCAAGGAUGCUGAACAACAAGAAGAACAAGAAUAUAAGAACUACGAAGCCAUGAAGGAGCGCAAGCUUUCCAAGGCCAAGAAGGACUUUGAUGAUGCUUCUAAGUUGAAGACCAGAUUCACCAGAAUGGUUGGAGAUUUCAAUUCCUUUGCUGACGUCAUUGCUGAGAAGAAUGCCACCAAGUUGCAGAAGUUGAAGGAACAAGCAAAGUCUGAAUUGGAAGAAGCAAAGAGGGCCCGUGUUGAACAAAUCAAGAGACAACGUGUUGAAGAAUUGCGUAGGGCCAAGGCUCAAGAAGCUGCACAUGCUGCCGAGGAAGAAGAAAGAAGACUUAAGGAAGAGCAAAUGUUAAAGUUCAAGGAAGAGUUGAGAUUACAAAAGGAAAAAGACGAAGAGCUUCGAAAGAAGAGAGAAGCCAUGCAAGCUGAAAUGGCUCCACCUGUCAGAAACAGCUCGUAUGUUCCACCUUCCCAAAGAGGAGGUAGCGCCCCUGUUAGAUCUCCAGACGCACCAGCUCCAGCUCCUACUUCUGAUAGACCAUUGACAUUUGCUGAGAAGAUGAGAUUGAAGAGAAUGAACAGAUCCGGUUAA